AAAAAUCUGUGAUUAAUUAAUUUAAAUUAUUCAGCAGUGGAUUAAGAAAAAAUGGAAAUGAAAAAAUGUUAAAAAAUUAAAGCAGAGCACAAAAAAAUAGAAAAAAUAAUAAUUUUGAAAAAAAAAAUGCAAUUAAAAGUGGAAAGUGAGCAUCCAAAGCCUCAAGCUCGAGGUCAGGAUCGUAAUAAUGGCAGCAGCUCAAUUUAUAUAUCGCCACCAAUUGCAGUGUCUAGCGAUGUUAAUAAUUCUAUACCGCAAAAUGUCGUGAGCGAUGUGGCAGAACGGCAAAAGCCUGUGCUAACCAUUCAAGUGAAUCAAAAUCAAAAUAAUAGCAAUUUACAGCAAUGUAAUAAUGAGAAUGCUAAUAAUCUUGUGAAUAUCGUGAGUUGCUUUCGUGCUACCACAGCAACAACAGCCGUAAAUCACGGCAUUGAAAAUUUAGUCCAAAAUAUUAGUGGAAGUAAUUUACCAUUUAAUGUUAGUGUUAAUAAAUUUGAUAUUGCCAAUUGUAAUAGUCAAAAUGAAAUAUUAAUUAAAAAUAAUGAAAAUUUAUUAAAAAUUGAUGGAAAUGUGUUUGUGGACUGUGAAUUGAAUAUCAAUGGUGUGAAUCAUCAAAAUCCAUCAAAUUCUAAAAUCCAAUCAAAAUCAAUAAAGCGUGAUGAUUUAAAUGAAAUUUGUGUGGCUGAUCAAAUUGUAAUUAGCAAUUCCAAUGUGGAUUAUCAUAAUAUGACAUUAGACAGCAUCACAAAUCAACCGAAUGAUAAAAUUGGAUUAAUUGAAAAUGAGAAUAGGAAAAUUAUUAAAAACAACAGCAACAACAAUGCGGUAGCAGCAGCAUCAAUUAACGAAAAUGUAAUCAAUCAAAUCACAAUAGUCAGCAAUGAGACAGCAACGACUACGGCUACUGAUAAUAAUGUGGAAAGUGUAAAUAAUCGGAGUAGAUUAGAAAAUGAAAAUUGCGGUAGUAACUGCAAAGUGGAAGCGACAUUUCGCGAACAACGAAGGCGUGAACGACGUGAAAGACGUCAAGCGAGGCAAAGGGCACAACAUGGACAUCGACAUCAUGUGUCUGUGCAUCAUUCGAACCGACCAAAUGUUGUUACUAAUAAUAAUAAUAGUCGUGGAAUUAAUGGCAUUUCUGGCUAUGAAAUGUUACCCGAUAUUAUUAAUAAUCACUUACCACCUCCAUAUACGACGCUUCCACACUUUUCAUUACGUACAUCUGCUCCAAUUCCACCACCUCCACCUCCUCCUCAACCCCAAUUAAUUACACCUGCACCCAUUGUUGUUGAUGAUUGCCGAUUUUCAUUUCCGAUUCCGAUUAUCAGAAGAUCCCCAUCGGAGCACUCCGGACGAAAAGGAUGUUGCGGUCAAUUUUUCCACAGUCCACGAUCAUUAGGUAUAAUAGCGAUGAUAGCAUUAGGAGGUGUUGCUUGCGCUCUUGGCGGUGCUGCUUGGGGUGCGAGUGGUCUUGCAGGACAGCCAUCUACACACCUUACCAUCUCACUUCUUAUGAUAGGAAUUGGAGUUGUUCUAGUAACAAUAAGUGGUGUUGCAUGGCGAAUCACAACAGCUGACGGCUCAGCAUGUUUUGGUAUGGAAGGAACAGAAUUUGAUCAUUGUGGACGACAGCAAUGCUUGAGAAAUAGUAGCAUGUCACAUGGUCUUCUUUAUCCGGAAUUUACACAUCGACAACCUCCACCAACGUAUCAGGCUAGCAUGCAAGAGUAUAGAUUGAGGUUACUGCUCUUGGAUCGUGACAGACAGUCACAUGGAAGGAGGCUAACAGCUGUGGUACAUCAACAAUCAUCUGCAUCACCACCACCGUCAUAUCGAUCGAAUGUAGCACCACAUUUAAGAUCUCAUCGUCAUAAUACAGUCAUAUCACAUCCAAAUGGAUCAUCAAGCGUAUUCAAUAGCAAUAGUCAUAAUAAUAACAAUAAUAAUACAGCAUUGAAUGGAAUAGCAAGCAACAAUAUUGGUAAUAUGGCAUGCGGAGUGAAUAUUCAACAAAAUUGCAGCAAUCGAUUAUCUGUGCCAUCACCAAAGGAUGUUGAGGAGAGCAAUGACUCGAAUUCUGUUAUUAAGUCAUCAUCUCGAGCCACUCAAGCAAGAGAAAUGACAAAAAUUAAUCAAAAAAGUCAACAACAAAUUUUAAUUAAUCAAAACAGCACAACAGAUGUUUCUAAUUUGCAUCAUCAGAGUCAAAUUAAAGUGAAUUCAUGCGAGUCAUCAGUAAGUAAUGAUUAUGUCAACGCUUCGUCUAAAUUAGAUACACAAGCAGCAACACCAACGAAGACAACAACGACAGUCUGUAAUGAACAUGAUACUGGAAUGAUAACAAUUGUUACAAUUAAUAAUAAUUCUAAUAAUCUUAGUAAAUUAAUUAAUGAUAACAAUACACUUGUGUGAUGACAGUGAUUUAUCUUAUUUUCUUGUAGUUAAAAAAACUUUUUCUUUGUUUUUGGAAUUUCUUCUUUAAAAUUAUUCUUAGAUUUUUUUAUUUUUAUAGAUCAGUGAAUGGUCUGAAAUUACGGUUGUUAUACGAACUUUUUUUGGGGCCGUUCACUUAUGACAUCCAUCAAAAAACCUGAUAAUUAAAACCUUCACUCCUUCUUUGUCACAAAGGUUUCACAGAUGUCAACACCCCCCCCCCCCCCCUCCCU